GCGGCGCUUGCCCUCUUGCUCUUCCUGCUGACCGCCGGCUGCCCGCUGGCGAGCGCCCUCAACGACACGGAGCCCAUCGUGUUGGAGGGCAAGUGCCUGGUGGUGUGUGACUCCAGCCCCUCCGCCGACGGCGCCAUCACCUCCUCGCUCGGCAUCUCCGUGCGCUCCGGCAGCGCCAAAGUGGCGUUCUCGGCCACGCGCAGCACCAACCACGAGCCGUCCGAGAUGAGCAACCGCACCAUGACCAUCUACUUCGACCAGGUAUUAGUUAAUAUUGGCAACCAUUUUGACCUGGCUUCCAGUAUAUUUGUAGCACCAAGAAAAGGAAUCUAUAGUUUCAGUUUCCAUGUUGUGAAAGUAUAUAACAGACAAACUAUCCAGGUAAGUUUAAUGCAGAAUGGCUAUCCAGUGAUUUCAGCUUUUGCUGGGGACCAAGAUGUCACCAGAGAAGCAGCUAGUAAUGGGGUCUUGCUCCUUAUGGAAAGAGAAGACAAAGUACAUCUGAAACUGGAGAGAGGGAACCUCAUGGGAGGAUGGAAAUACUCAACUUUUUCUGGCUUCUUAGUCUUUCCACUAUAAAAGGGAGGUCAAGGAGAAGCCUUGUCUGCAAGAUAAAACAAGGAUCCAGUCAUUUAAAAACAACAACAACAACAACAGCAACACACAAGAACCCUUCUCCCCCUUCCAGAACUUGGCUAUACUUGCCAAUAAUUCCAGACACCCAGUCAGACUGCUAUAAUAGAAGAAUGAUAAACCUUCUCAGUGUCACUCUUUGCUUUGACUUGUGACAGUUCCUUGGGAGACCUGCAGCUCUGGUUAGUUUUAGAUGACAGUGAUCUUAAGAGAAAUGAAAUUAUCAACCUGAGCAAUUUGUACCUGUGAUUGUAAAGUCAAUUUUGGAUUUUAUUGUUGGGAUCAUUGACUUUCCUUCCUUUGUUCUCUUUUCAUCUCCUCAAGAGACACCUUAAUUGAGACCACACAGCUGCUUGUCCAGGGCUUACCCUAAAGCCAGAAGAACCUGACAUCUGAUGAAGUGUUCUUGCAAUGCUCUCUUCUUUUGUGUGUGUGUUCUAAAUGAAUUCCAAGACAAAAAUAAGAAUGGCUUCAGUUUCAAUCCUGUAUCUUCUGCGGGAGGGAAAUCUUUGGACAUUACUGUGUCAAGAAGUGCUUUAUUCAGUGAAGCAAAUUUUGCACGAUUGGAAACUAUUUUAUUUUGUGUUACUUGUGUUUUUCGUCAUCAUCCAUCUCCUUCCCUGACUCUUUCUGUGCUGAAGAAGUAAACAUGAUGGAUCAAUAAGAAAAAGCAAGCACAAACAUAUUCUGUAGCUUGCAGUGAAACCAAGCAGUGAGCAGUUCUGCUUGUGCUGUCCAGCUGAUCUAACAGAAACAUUGUUGAGACUGAGAAGGACCAUGUGCAAUCUGAUCCUUGAGUUACAAUCUGCAAAGGGACUGACAUUUCGGAAUUGAUUUGACAUUUCCAGAAUCUGCUCCAGAAGGAUGUGAAUAUCCUGUUUGAACAUGCCAUAGAAUAACAACAUUCCUUUGCAUUGCUGGAAAGUUUUUGUUUUUUUAUUUUUGGUGCUUUCCUGAUUUUUAUCUGAUCAAUUUGAUUAUUGAAGUGUGCAUAUAUAGUGGUUUUGUUGGCCUUUUUUGAGUGGCCCAACAAAUUAGUUCCCCUCUGAUUUAAAGAAAAACCAUUUCAUACCAAACUGCCAGGUGUGUAUCAACAGUUGCUGUUAGUAUGUGUCAUAGAAUGAGGAACACCAAAAAUCUUGCAGUUUGGAAAGUUUCCUAAGGUUUACAUGGCUUAGCAAUGAAUACUCCAUAAGUUAAUUACUAAUUUAUUUAUUUAUUUAUUUCUGUUGCUUCCUCUAUUAACAUCCAAAGACUUUUCAGUAGUCUUAAUCCAAUACUGUAUGCCAGAAAGGUCAGUGAUUCCAAAUGAUAAAAGAAGAAAAAACCUCAGGUUGAAUUCAAAUUCACCUUCUAUGUGUUAAUGUAACCAAAAUGCAAAUGAACUUUAGAUUCAGAAUAAAUGGGUUUCAUGUCCGACCUGCCUUCUUUUCACUUUUAUGUAAGUGUCAAAAAUGACUCUGAAAUACAAGGGAAAGUGCAAUUUGGUCUUAAAGGAGUACUUAGGAAUUUUGAUAUUUUUUUAAAAAAAUGUCUGUUUAAUUUAUUUUCAAAUCUAUAUUUUGUUUAUUUCGAUGAGC